CACCCCCCCCCCCCCGCGUCGCCCCGGAGAUGGCGCUGCACGUGUGGUGACUGCGCCCAAGCCCUGAGGGUCCCAUCCCUGUGUCCAGCAUCACUCGGGGAAAGCAUGGAGCGCCCAAAGCUGGAGCUGAUCCGGCAGAGCUGGCGGACGGUGAACCGCAGCCCUCUGGAACAUGGCACUGUCCUGUUCUCCAGGUGAGUGCUGCCGGACCCCAGGGUGCGAUUGGAGGGGUGACUGGCAGCAGUGGACUUGUCACGAGAGGAGCAGAAACGCCCCCUCCACCCCGCGCGCCUCCGGUUUGCAGUGGUGCUCCGGAGAGAGGGGUGUGUGCGCGGCGACAGGUGGUGCCGUCCCAUCUGCUCUUCCCAGUUAGCGGCUCCCACCUGAACUGAUUGGGGGCUUCUGGGGUCCCUUACCCGCACCCACCGACCAGGCAGGUGAAUGCAGUGCUCCCUGCUCUACCCUGUGAUAUCCCAAUGGGUAGUGACUGCAGGGUCGCUCACAGCAGCUGGGCCAGCAGGAGGGAGAUGAGUGACCCGAAGGUCAGCUGGGGUGUGCAGGCACCUAGAUAGGUGGGACAGGCUCCCACGCCCCCCCCCCCUUGAGUGGAAGGAGGCCUGGCCAGGUGAGCUCACGCCCAGUCACCAGCAAGAUGAACCCUUCUGAGGAAAAUACAGGCUUAGAACCAAAGAAGCUCCAGAAGAGGGACGACAGGCAUCCACUCUCCCCACCCGGAAGAGACGGAGAGGAUGGGUGGGCACCCACAGUAGGAUGGAUGGUUUUCAGCCUCACCUCCAGCUCUGCCAACACCACAGGGCCGCACUCCCUCUCUCAUUGCAGAUCCCUAGGCCAGUCCAAAACUUCAGAACAAGACUUGCAAGAUGAAAAGGGAAUAAAUUGAGUUACACACACACACACACACACACAAGUGACACAAAAACGCAAGCUCUCCCCAGUGAGGCUGACAUUUUCUGGCUGUGCUAACUGUAUGAUUUCAAACUCCCUCCCGACACAACUCCCCAUCCCCUCACCCCGCUACUCUGGUACCCACUAUGGCUUUACUGUGUGAUUUAGGCAACUUGCUUAGCCUCUCUGAGCUUCUGUUUCUGCCUCUGAACCCACUGCUUAAAAGAAUGGGAGAUACACAACUCCAGUUAGCUAAUAAAUAGUGCUCAGUAGUACAAGGAUGUGUUCUUCAUGACAUCACACAGCUAAGUGUCCUCAUAUCUGAGGGCAUAGGGAAGUUUUGAUCCAAAAGAGAAAUUUCCCCCUAGAUUUUGGUUUGAGAUUUCUGCUUGUCCCGAACUCAGCCCCUCAGUUGUCUAGGGAGGGGCUAUGGUCUGCCAGGUAAUGUGAGAGGUUGGGGACACAGUGUCCUCUGGAGGGUGCCCAGAAAAGGGAUGAGUGGAUGUUGACUAAGCUGGCAGUGCCUAGUUAGGAAUGCACUGCGUCUUUCUUCUGAGCUGCCAGAGUCUGCUCCAUUGCUGCUCGCUGCUGAUGAUACCGCCCCCAACCCGCAGGCUCUUCACCCUGGAACCGAACCUGCUGCCUCUCUUCCAGUACAAUGGCCGCCAGUUCUCCAGCCCUGAGGACUGUCUCUCUUCCCCAGAAUUCCUGGGCCACAUUAGGAAGGUGAUGCUGGUGAUCGAUGCUGCAGUCACCAAUGUGGAGGACCUGUCUUCUCUGGAGGAGUACCUGGCCGGCUUGGGCAAGAAGCACCGGGCUGUGGGAGUGAGGCUCGGCUCCUUCUCGACAGUGGGUGAGUCCCUGCUCUACAUGCUGGAGAAGUGCCUGGGUCCUGACUUCACACCGGACACAAAGGCUGCCUGGAGCCAACUCUACGGAGCUGUGGUGCAAGCCAUGAGCCGAGGCUGGGAUGGGGAGUGAGAGAAGAGCCAGCAUCCUCACCUACUUGUCUGUCUGUUGAUCUGUCUGUAGUAGCCUCAUUCCGUCCCCCAGGGCUUCCCUGUACCUUGGCCUCCAUCCCCUUGGCCAUCCUAGAGAGGUGAUGGGAGAGGACUCUGUCUCAGUUCCUGGUCAGCUGCAGAGAGGUGGGGUUUUCCCUCCAGAGGGGCCCUUGGGCUCCCCUUCUCCCCAUAGGUGAACCCCUGCAUGCCUGGUUAGCUCUCCCCAUGAGACAAAAAUAGUUUGGGUAGUAAGGUGACAUGGGGGUUCUUCUCAGAGAAGCCUCAGCCACAGUGACAGUAAAGUGACUAGGCUUCUAGAACCUUCUACCUGUCUGCUCAGUCUCUCCGAUGCUUUCCUGCCAGGCUGUCCAGGCUGUUUACUUUCCAAAAAUGAAGAGAAGGACCAGCUUCAGUGUGGCUGGGGAUCUCAGGCAAGAGGAGCAGGGAAGAUGGUGUUCUUCAGUGGCAGUGGCCCCAGGUCUCAGCUGUUCAGAUGUCCCACACAAAACUUCCUGUGCUCUUGGUUCAGCAUUUCUGGUAGAAGCACCCCAGUGUUCUUUCUGGGGUGGUGGGGGGACUAAGCUGGCCAGACAGAACUGAGAGGCUAGUAGGGCAAGGAGGAGUGACCUCAUCCCACAUGGUCCUGAGUUUCAGGACUCUUCCUGCCACCCUAGUCUAGCAGGGCUGAAUCUUGUCUCUCCACCCUCCUCUGCUCACUCAGCUCCCUCCAGCUGUGGGCGCCUAACUGUGUGUUUAACCCUUGAGGUGAACGUGUGCCUGGGCAGAGAAGCAGGGGAGAUACAGUGAGAAAGGCCUUUGUUCCCGUCCCUGGUCAUCCACACUUUCUUAUUCUAUGUCACA